GAUUCCUGUAUACCAUAGAUUUAUGAGUAUCGAGGCUGCUGCGAAAAUUGCAGUAAUAAAAUAAGUUACAAGGGGGCGGAUAGCGCGUGGCUAGCUGCAUGUAACAUCAACAGCAGUCAUGGCUAUGUCUAAAGGAUUCAAAGUCCUGGAGAAAUCAGCACCGCCGAAUCCCUACAGUAUAAUUCUGCAACACAGAAAUAAAGAUACUUCGCUACUGUUUGAAUCUCAAGCCGUAGUUUCACUAUCGUCUCAAGAAACAGAAAAUCUUCGGAAGCAGUAUCAUAAAAUCGCUGACGCGUACGGGUGCCUGGGCGUGCUUCAGUUGAAUUCUGGUGAAACUUGUUUGCUUUAUCUCGUUCUCGUUACGGGUUGCUGCUCAGUUGGAAAAGUUGGAGACGUCGAAGUGUUCAAAAUUACACAAACACAGUUUCUGCCACUGUUUUAUCAUUCUCAAGGUGAAGACAAAGUUGCAGAGGUGAGAAAAUUGUUAAAUUCAGGUACAUUUUACUUUUCCUGGAAUUCCAGCAAAGUUAAUGAUGCUCUCUUUGAUCUCACAUUAUGCUCACAAAGAAAAAGCAAAACUUCCACUCCUGACAACAGGUUCUUUUGGAAUAGAACAUUAUUUAUACAUUUGAUAAGAUACGGUAUUGAUUGCGAUGACUGGCUCACCAGGGCCAUGUGUGGCUCAGUUGAAAUACGCACUAUCUAUGUAGGCCACCGCCAAGCGAGAGCUGUACUAGUAUCGCGACUCAGCUGUGAAAGAGCUGGCACCCGAUUCAAUGUAAGGGGGUGUAACGAUGAUGGCAAUGUUGCUAACUUUGUAGAAACAGAACAGUCUAUCUAUAUAGAUGAUUCUGUUGCCUCUUACAUACAAACCAGAGGCUCUGUACCUCUGUUUUGGGAGCAGCCAGGAAUACAAGUGGGAUCACACAAAGUAAAGAUGUCACGAGGAUAUGACGCAUCAACUUCUGCCUGUGAUAGGCAUUUUUCACAACUGAAACGUAAUUAUGGCAACAUUAUCGUUGUCAACCUUCUGGGUUCAAGUUUGAUAGGGGGUAGUGAAGGGGAAGCGACACUCAGCAAUGCUUUCCAAAAACAUAUUCAUGAAUCUGCACACAGUGAUGUCACACAAAUAAUUUUUGAUUAUCAUCAAGAAGUACGGGCAGCAUCAGCUGAAACGGCUCUUGCAAAAUUCAAAAAAAUAAUUGAAACCUACUAUGAUACAAUUGGCAUUUUUAGUGCAAAAGGUGAUGAUAUUUACAAUGUACAAAAAGGUGUAAUACGUACCAACUGCUUAGAUUGCUUGGAUAGAACUAACUCCAUUCAAACAUUUAUAGGUUUGGAAAUGCUAGCCAUACAAUUGAUGUUGUUACAAUGCAUUGAUAAAAAGCAAAAUGUAAACAGGUUUGAGGAAGUGUUCCGGCAAAUGUGGGUUAAUAAUGGUAAUGAAAUAUCUAAAAUCUAUGCAGGCACUGGAGCUAUUCAGGGUGGAUCAAAGUUGAUUGAUGGAGCAAGAUCUGCUGCUCGUACCAUUCAAAAUAAUUUAUUAGACAAUUCAAAGCAAGAAGCAAUUGAUAUACUCUUGCUGGGAUCCACAUUGAAUUCUGAACUAGCAGAUCGUACCAGAAUUUUAUUACCCUCCCAUAUAUUGCACACAUCUACUUCAGUUCUCAGAGAAAUGUGCCGUAGAUCAACUGAAUAUACACAACCCUCCAGUAUUCGUAUUACUAUUGGCACAUACAAUGUCAAUGGAGGUAAACAUUUCAGAAGUCUUGCCUAUAAGGAUGUUUCAUUAGCUGACUGGUUAUUGGAUUGCCCAAAUUCAGCUUUAGUGACCACUGUCAAUGUAAACGAUCACCCAUCUGACAUAUUUGCUAUAGGGUUUGAAGAAAUUGUUGACUUGAAUGCUAGCAACAUCAUGGCUGCCAGUACAGAUAAUGCAAAAGCUUGGAGUGAAGAACUUGAAAAAAUUUUGUGUAGAGAUGCUCCCUACACGCUUCUAUCAAGUCAUCAAUUAGUUGGAGUUUGUCUCUUUGUUUUUGUAAGGAAAGAUUUAAUUCCUCAUAUAAGGGAUGUUGCUCUUGAUUCCGUUAAAACAGGUUUAGGAGGUACAACAGGAAAUAAAGGAGCUGUAGCUAUUAGAAUGGUUAUAUAUGGAACAUCACUGUGCUUUGUAUGUGCACAUUUUGCUGCCGGCCAAUCACAAGUUACAGAACGUAACGCUGACUACGCUGAAAUUACCAGAAAAGUCGCUUUUCCGAUGGGUCGAUCAUUGUACUCACACGAUUACGUAUUUUGGUGCGGCGACUUUAAUUAUCGCAUUGAUUUAGAUAAGGAUGAAGUACGAUUACUUGUAUCACAAAAUAAUCUACAGAGGCUUCUGGAAAAUGAUCAACUUAUAAAGCAAAAGUCUCAGGAUCUUGUUUUCAAAAACUGUUUUGAGGGUGAGAUCACGUUUCCGCCUACGUAUAAAUACGAUCUAUUUAGCGAUGAUUAUGACACCAGCGAGAAAUGCCGUGCACCGGCUUGGACUGACCGUAUUUUAUGGAGAAGCAGAAAAUAUACAAUUGAUCCAGAAACGACGCCAGAGUUAGCAGCUGGAAAAUUACUGUAUUACGGUCGCGCGGAGCUGAAGCAGAGCGAUCAUCGGCCCGUUGCAGCGAUUUUAGAAGUAGAAGUGUUGCAGGUCAGUUAUACUAAAUGUAUGGAAGUGUUUUACGAAGUAGUUCAAGAUCUUGGACCUCCUGAUGCCAGUAUUAUAGUGCAACCGAUCGAAGAAAUCAAUUCUGAGGAUUCGAUUUUCGACGAUAAUGUCAUGUCUGCUGUCUUGCAAGAGCUUUCGACUAUAGGUGAAGUUACGCUUGUGCGUUUCAACGAUGAUCAUUCAUUGAGUAUCACGUUCAGAGAUGGUCAAAAUGCGCUAGCCGCCACACAAAAAGGCCACAUCAAUGUCUGCUCGAUCCCAAUGUCAAUAACACUGAAAACUCCAAACUGGGCUGAUAUAUUGCGUUUGGAAAUAGGUCUCUGUUCGAAUAAUACUGUACCGUUAUUUGGUGAUAUUCAGCCUGAACGUCCGCUCAGAUCGGCUCCGCCUACUCCGCGUCGUCAGCAACCGAGCAGACCACCAGCGCCUUCACCGACACCUCUGGUACCAUCUAGAAUUCCACCUGCAAGUCCAGCUAGACCGCCACCUCCGCGCCCAGCUCCCAUAACUCCAGACGCCGUAGUUAAAUCAGUUUCACAGCUACUGCCAACGAAUUCGCCUCCCGUGACGUCACCGCCUGCAGAUAGCGGUCCACCACCCGCGUGCGCACCACCACCACCGCCUAGUAGCACGCCACCGCCGACUGGACCACCACCUCCUGUCCCCGCCAGACAGGGCGCACCACCCCCUCUGCCAGCACGUCCGCGACCAUCAUAAGUAAUUAACAUACGGGUGGUUCUCGGCAAAAAUGCAAAUAGUGGAACUAUUUAAAUUUGUAACAUUUGGGGAAUUAAUGAUAGACGGGCCACAUUAUCGACAACGCAUAAUUUUGUUUCGGACAUGUACAUUAUUAGGUUUUUAAAAAUAAUUGUCACAAUUUAUUCGGAGCUACGAUAAUAGCAAUUAAUAUUCAGUAAUUUUUAUAUUUCCACGCCUCUUAAGUCAAAGUAAUGAAAUACUAUCAAUUGCUAAAAUACAUUUCUUUUCGCCUCCGUUUUGGUAGAUAUUGGUAUUUAUUUUCCUUUUCUCUUGUAUCUUGAUCAAUAGGACAAUACAAUGUGUGAAUUAAAUAGAGUAAAUAAACUGUACAAUCAAGGUGGGGGGACCAGGAGACCUAAGACACAGGGUAUCCUAGUUUAGGCUCCGGUCUCUCACAAAAUUGAAACUCUACUAUGUAUCUAUCUGAUGUGAGAGAAAAAUAAAACAUAUUAUUAUUAUUUAAGGCAGACUUAGUUAUUUUUGAUAACAUUUUUAAAAGUGACGUGUUGAAAUCAGCCAGAAAUAUUUUAAGGAAUUUUCAAGAUGUUAAUACGAAAAACGAUAGUUAUUUUUAUUAAUUAUUGUUGCGAAAUAAAAUAAUUAAGACACAAAUAAAAUAAUUGAGAGACUUAAAAGAAAAUUAAUUACUUUUAUGUACCAGUUUCACUUGAUAUUUAACGGCGAAAUUCUUGACAUUGUUUCUGGAGAACCACCCAUAUAUUCAAUUGAUGUAUUCGCUGCCGGCCGUUAACUACGUAUUUGUCAGCUCAAUAUUGUAAUUUUAAGGCAUCAUGAAAUAUCUAUAAUGUAAUUCUUCAAAACGUUUGUUGGUUUUUAUUAGAAAAUAAAAUGCGUACGAAACGUAAUGAUCAAAGUAUUUAUAAUUAUUGUAAGUUACAUUGAACAAAGUAAGUUUUGCAAUAUGAAUCAAAUUUUUUCCUUAUCAGUAGGUAUAGUUUAUUAAAAGUUGCAAAGCAUCGAAAUUGUUACUAAAUAUGUAGGUGCAAUCUUAGACAAAAUAUAUUUAUUUUAAGCAAGUUAGAAAUUUUGUUAAGCAAGUUUGUAAGUCAUGUUAGCAUUGUUUCUUAAUUUUUUUGAAUAAAAUCAGUAUGAUUUGUCAAAUAAAUUUAAAGGUAUUUACACAAAUAAUUAUUUUAAGAAUUUAAAUACAAUCGCCUUGUUAUUGUACCCACUUUCAUAUUAUAUUAUCUCAUUUCAUCCAUGAUUCGUAAUAUUGUUUUACAGUUCCUGAAAAUUUUGCGUGAUUCCUAUUUUGAUGUUAGUUAUACAUACAAAUGUAUCUGUAUGUUAUUUAUAACACAAGCGUAUGUUUAUGUUAAUUGCCUAUACCUAAUUGGUACCCAUCGUUUUUUUAUACUACCUAUUAUUGCCCCUGUGAUCUUAUUUUAUUUUACUUAUGAAUUUAUUUUUUUUAUGGAUUUUUAUUAUGGCUGUGUUGAAGCAUUUUCUGUAGUAGAAUCCAAUUAGAUGGUGUUUCUUAUGUAUUAUCUUUUGUCUAGCUUACAUGCAUAUUUAACAAUUAUGAUAUGGAUCGUUUAUACUCUUUUGAAAUCCCGUAUUUUUAUGAAAACCGAUUUUGCAAUGUACCUGAUGUAGUUUCACAUUUUAUACUAUAUGUUGAAUGUAAAUGUAAUGUGUGUUCAUCAGUUUGUGUAUUGCUAUUCAGUUUAACAUUAUUUAAUAGCAUAUUUUGGUGCAACUAUUGUAAAAAAGUAAUGAAGAUUAGAAUUUCAGUAAUUACUCAUAGUCAAUGCUAUGUAUGUUGUAAAAUGAUAUGCAUUUCCUUUGGGAAUCAUCAUAGAGGCCAGUGUUUGUAAUGUUACAUGUUUAUAACUAAUGUAAAUAACGCUAUGCUAUAUAAUGAAAUAUAGAAGUGUUAAAUUCAUGUUUGU